AGGGAAUACUGGCAAGUCCUCAUAAACUUAGCUGAGAAGAAGAAGAAGAGAACUAAGGUAGAGAGGAAAAAAUGGCUUCCUCUAUGAUGUCCUCAGCAACAGUUGCCUCAGUGAACCGUGCCCCUGUUCAGGCUAACAUGGUUGCACCCUUCAACGGGCUCAAGUCGGUCUCAGCCUUCCCUGUGACCCGCAAGGCCAACGAUAUCACCUCUAUCACCAGCAACGGUGGAAGAGUCCAGUGUAUGAAGGUGUGGCCAACAGUUGGUAUGAAGAAGUUUGAGACCCUCUCUUACCUUCCUCCUCUAACCAUCGAGCAAUUGUCCAAGGAAGUGGAGUACCUUCUCAAAAACAAAUGGGUUCCAUGCUUGGAAUUUGAGUUGGAGAAUGGUUUCGUCACCCGUGAGUACAACAGCUCCCCCGGGUACUAUGACGGACGUUACUGGACAAUGUGGAAGCUCCCCAUGUUCGGAUGCACCGACGCUACACAGGUUAUUGCUGAGCUCGAAGAGUGCAAGAAGACCUACCCCAAUGCCUUCAUCAGGAUCAUCGGAUUCGACAACGUUCGCCAAGUACAGUGCAUUAGUUUCAUUGCCCACCAUCCAUGAAGCUACUAAGUUCCAAGCCCACAUUCAUGAUGCUAAACCUAUCAUUUAUGGCUUUCGACUUGCAAUUACUGUAAUAACGUGCUAGAGUCUGCUGUGUAUCAUUCGUUUUGUAGCUUUUCCUUCUCUCUUUUUUCCCUGUUUCCCUUCUGUAAUCGUCUGUUUACUCUUCUGAUUUUCUUCCGAAAACAGAGGUCAGGGAGUGAAUUUGUUGUUCAUGAACUUCCCCAUAUAUGUAAUAAAAUAAUUUCCAUCGGA